AUGAAGCUCAACGCCGCAAUCAUUUUGGCCUUCUGCGGCAUCAAAGCCUUCGCCGCUGCUCAGCCCAGCCAAGAGGGUCUUGUAACUCGCGACUAUCUUGUCGAGCUUGCGAAUUCUCUUGAUAAGCGCGAUCCUGGAUUCCUGAUCCCAUUGGUCCUAUCAGCUGGAGCUGCCGGCGCAGUGGGCGUCCUCGAUGGGGCAAUCAACAACAACAAGCGCGAUGAAGAUGCGGAUCCACGCGCUGCUCUACUCACUCGCGCAUUACUGGAAACGGCGUUUAUCAAGAUGCGCGAUGUCGACUUGAACGGCCCUGCGUUUUAG